GUUACACGGUGUUACACGGAGUUACAUGGUGUUACACGGUGUUACAUAAUGUUACACGGUGUUACAUGGUGUUACACAUUGUUACAUGAUGUUAUAUAAUGUUACAGGGUGUUACAUGGAGUUACAUGGUGUUGCAUAAUGUUACACGGUGUUACAUGGUGUUACACACUCUUACAUGGUGUUACAGGGUGGUACAUAAUGUUACAGGGUGUUACGUGCUGUUACACGCUGUUACAAGGUGUUACAUAGUGUUAGACGGUGUUACAUAAAGUUACACAGUGUUACUUGGUGUUACAGGGUGAUACAUGGUGUUGCAUAAUGUUACAGAGUGUUAAAUGGUGUUAAAGGGUGUUACACGGUGUUGCAUAAUGUUACACGGUGUUACAUGGUGUUACGGGUUGUUACACGGUGUUACAGGGUGUUACACGGUGUUUCAUAGUGUUAAAUGAUCCUGCAGGGUGUUACAUGGUGUUACACGUUCUUACAAGGUGUUACAAUGGUUUUACGCCGUUUCAUGGUGUUACAGAGUGUUACGUAAUAUGUUAGGUUACAGGGUGUUACAUGGUGGUACAGGGUUUUACACGGUAUUACAUGCUGUUACAUGGUGUUACAGGGUGUUACACGGUGUUUCAUGGUGUUACACGAUCUUACAAGGAGUUACACGGUUUUACAGGGUGCUUCACGGUGUUUCAUGGUGUUACACUGUGUUACAUAGUCUUACAAGGUGUUACAUGGUGUUACACGGUGUUACAUGGUCUUAAAUGGUGUUACACAUUGUUACAAGGUGUUACAUGGUGUUACACGGUGUUACAUAGUAUUACAAGGUGUUACAUUGUGUUACACGGUGUUACAUGUAUGGUGUUACAUGCUGUUUCAUGGUGUUACAAUGGUUUUACGGUGUUUCAUGGUGUUACAUGGUGUUAUGUGAUGUUACACGAUGUUACAUGCUGUUACAUGGUGUUAGAGGGUGUUGCACGGUCUUUCAUGGUGUUACAUGAACUUACAAGGUGUUAAACGGUUUUAUAAGGUGCUUUACGGUGUUUCAUGGUGUUACACUGGGUUACAGGGUGUUAGAGGGUUUUACAUGGUGUUACACGGUGUUACAUAGUGUUACAAGGUGUUACAUGAUGUGAUACGGUCUUAAAUGGUGUUACAAGGUGUUUCAUGGUGUUACAGGGUGUUACACGGUGUUACAUGGUGUUACACGGUGUUACAUGCUGUUACAUGGUGUUAGAGGGUGUUACACGGUGUUACACGGUCUUUGAUGGUAUCACACGAUCUUACAAGGUGAUACACGGUUUUACAAGGUGCUAGAUACACGUUGUUACGGGGUGUUACACGGUGUUUCAUGUUGCUACACGUUGUUACAGGGUGUCACACGGUGUUUUUUAUCGUGCUACAUGUUGUUACAGGGUGGUACACCGUGUUUUAUGGUGUUACAGGGUGCUUUAUGGUGUUUUAGGGUGUUACACGGUGUUGCAGGGUGGUAUUCGGUUUUACAGGGUGCUUCACGGGGUUUCAAGGUGUUACACGGACAGAUACACGUUGUUACGGGGUGUUACACGGUGUUUUAUGGUGUUACACGGUGUUGCAUAGUCUUACAGGGUGUUACAUGGUGUUACACGGUGUUACAUGCUGCUAUAGGGUGUUACAUGGUGUUAGACGGUGUUUCAUGGUGUUACACAAUCUUAAAAGGUGUUACAGGGUGUUACAUGGUGUUCCACGGUGUUACAUGGUGUUCCACGGUGUUUCAUGGUGUUACACGAUCUUACAAGGUGUUACGGGGUGUUACAUGGUGUUACAUGGUGUUACGCGGUGUUACAUGCUGCUAUAGGGUGUUAGAUGGUGUUACACGGUGUUUCAUGGUGUUACACGAUCUUACAAGGUGUUACAGGGUGUUACAUGGUGUUACACGGAGUUACAUAGUGUUACAGGGUGUUACAUGGUGUUACAUGAUGUUACAGGGUGUUUCAUGGUGUUGCACGGUGUUAGAGGGUACACGGUGUUUUAUGGUGCUAGACGUUGUUACAGGGUGUUACACCGUGUUUUAUGGUGUUACAGGGUGCUUUACGGUGUUACACGGUGUUUUAUGGUGGUAGACGAUCUUACAAGGUGUUACAGGGUGUUACAUGGUGUUACACGGUGUUAAAUAGUGUUACAGGGUGUUACAUGGUGUUACAGGGUGUUACAUGAUGUUACAGGGUGUUUCAUGGUGUUGUACGGUGUUAAGGGGUGCAUCACGGUGUUUUAAGGUGUUGCACGGGUAGAUACACGUUGUUACGGGUUGUUUUAGGUCUUUUACGGUGUUUCAUGGUGCUACACAUUGUUACAGGGUGUUACACGGUGUUACAUUGUGGUACACCGUGUUUCAUGGUGUUACACGGUUUUACAGGGUGCUUCACUGUGUUUCAAGGUGUUACGCGGUGAUAUAUAGACGUUGUUGCGAGGUGUUACACGGUGUUUUAUGGUGGUACACGUUGUUACAGGGUGUUACACGGUUUUACAAAGUGUUACACGGUGUUACAGGGUGUUACACCGUGUUUCAUGGUGUUACAGGGGGCUU